CUAUUACUCUCUCACUCUUAGCUUCGUUUCUCUUCCUUUUUUCUCGUUCACCAAACAGCCGCCAACAGCCCCUCGAGAAAAUGGCGUAUGAAGGGAUUCUCCUGGGGAUGGGUAAUCCUCUCCUUGAUAUUUCGGCUGUCGUGGACGAGGAGUUCUUGAAAAAAUAUGACAUCAAGUUGAACAAUGCAAUUUUAGCUGAGGAGAAGCACCUUCCCAUGUAUGAAGAAAUGGCUGUCAAUCCCAAUGUCGAGUAUAUUGCUGGAGGUGCUACUCAAAAUUCAAUCAAAGUUGCACAGUGGAUGCUUCAAAUUCCUGGCGCAACUGGUUACAUUGGUUGCAUUGGGAAGGACAAGUUUGGGGAGGAAAUGAAGAAGAAUUCAAAAGCUGCUGGUGUUAAUGUUCACUAUCUUGAGGAUGAAUCUACACCAACAGGAACUUGUGCUGUUUGUGUUGUGGGUGGUGAAAGGUCACUCAUUGCAAAUCUAUCAGCUGCUAACUGCUACAAGUCUGGUCAUUUGCAGAAGCCAGAGAACUGGGCGUUGGUUGAGAAGGCCAAAUACUUCUAUAUUGCUGGAUUUUUUCUUACUGUGUCACCAGACUCAAUACAGCUUGUUGCUGAACAUGCAGCUGCAAAGAACAAGGUUUUUGCGAUGAAUCUUUCUGCUCCAUUUAUUUGCGAGUUCUUCAAGGACGCACAGGAGAAAGCUCUACCGUAUGUGGACUUUGUCUUUGGCAAUGAAACAGAAGCGAGAACCUUCUCAAAGGUUCAUGGCUGGGAGACUGACGAUGUUGCUGAGAUAGCUCUGAAGAUUUCACAGUGGCCGAAAGCAUCUGGAACAUACAAGAGGAUUACUGUCAUUACCCAGGGUGCAGAUCCGGUAGUCGUUGCUGAGGAUGGGAAAGUGAAGCAGUUCCCCGUUAUAGUGUUACCCAAGGAAAAAUUGGUUGAUACAAAUGGUGCAGGUGAUGCAUUCGUUGGAGGCUUUCUUUCACAAUUGAUUCAAGAGAAACCCAUUGACGUUUGCGUAAAAGCUGGCUGCUAUGCAUCCAAUGUUAUCAUCCAAAGGUCUGGUUGCACAUACCCAGAAAAGCCUGAAUUUAACUAAGCUAUUCCACUUCAUUGGUCUCCUCUCCACUCCACUCCAGUGUGUGUUUUUAAGGUUUUUCGUUGUUGAGAACCUUCUUGCCGGCAUUUGAUCUUUUUGAAUUUUCCCCUUUUUUUUUAUGAUUUGCUGACCAUUUCCAUGGCUGUCCUAAAAUGGUAUGAGAAUAUUGGUGCAUGAGAAUAAUAUUUUAUCCAUAUUCAUCA